GUUAUUGAUGGCUAUGGUUGCACAGAGGUCUGUGGUCCCGCAUCAGCUUCAUAUGGUGGUGACAUUAGUGGAGGACACGUCGGUUCACCAUACCCUUGUGUAGAAAUUAAACUCUGCGAUGUCCCUGAGAUGGAUCUCGUAGCCUCGAAGGACAACAAAGGCGAGAUUUGUAUUCGUGGUGCCUCCUGCGUGAGUGGAUAUUACAAGAACCCUGAGGCAACGAAGCAACUGAUUGACGAGGAUGGUUGGCUGCAUACCGGUGAUGUGGGGGUUUGGUCUGACGGUUGCUUGAAGUUGGUCGAUCGUUGCAAGCAUAUUUUCAAGCUGGCUCAGGGAGAAUACGUAGCACCAGACAAGCUGGAGCUGGUGUAUCAGAAUAGUCCUUUGAUUGCCCAAGUUUUUGUCGAUGGCAACCCACAACACACCUUCCCUGUUGCUCUAGUUAUUCCUGAACGUGACGCUCUAACUAAAGCUAUUGAAAAGCUUUCAAGUGAGAAUCCUAAAAGCUCCUCCAUUGAGGAUAUAUGCGAAGAUCCUUGUUCAAAGAACAUAAUUAUGCGGGAGAUGCAAAAAUUAGCCGAGAAAGCCGGUCUCAUGGGUUUUGAGAAAGUGAAGAACAUUAAAUUGCUAACAGACCCCUUCACAGUUGAAAACUCUCUUCUAACUCCAACUCUGAAAGUUUUUCGUCCACAAGUUCGAAAGUUAUACGCAAACGUCUUGGCUGACCUCUAUAAGCAGGGCCCCGUUAACUAA